AUGUGGCAAUUAUCGAUUUUCCUCAUCAAUAUUCUUAUGAUUAUCUCCAUUUUUGCGGAAACUACCAGAAAACCUGAUAGAAAUCCUCCCGGUGUUGGUUUUGACGCGAAAAUCGAAAGUAUGACGAGAACUGUAGCUGAUCCGAAUGCAACUGAUUCAUCUCAACACUAUAGAGAGCGAAAAGAUAUAGAAAACCUUCUUGAAAGUAAAUGUUGA